GAAGGAGAUAGAAAGUAAAACGGAUAGGUAACGAACUCUAACAACCCUGAGAAAAGAUAUUACUAUAUUAUUCGAAAUAACGAUUGAAUUUCGUCGACGUGUCGGCUUGUAGAACGUUCUUUCGAAGAUUUUUUCGGAGUAUUCGAAUGAUAUAGAAAAGCAAGAAGACAAGAAGAACGAUUUUAUUCAUGAUUCUUUGCAAAACGAUCGGGAGUGUUCGUUCAAAUCGACGAAAAUUAUUUUGGUGCGUGUAUCGCAUGUGGAUCUCCUACAAGGGAAUCAUAUCACGAUCAUCUCAACUCCAAACAACAUCAUUGUGUGUGUGCUCGUGUUGAUCUUCGAUAAGUUGAUACUUCGUGCCAUCUCCUCUUCGAGCUGCUUGCAUCUGAAUCAAAAGGGAGAGAUUCCCUUGAUAUCAUAGAUACAGCCGAGUUUAGCGAAGUUGUAACAGGAACAUCCGUCAUCAUGGCGCCAAACCUGUUCGGAACUUCGGCAUCUUUAUUCUUGGAAGCGUCCCAGCAGAAUCUCAUUCAGGAAAAAUCAACAACAGAAAAAACAAACACGCCGAAGUUGGACACGCAGAAAUCGCUAAGAUCGAAAUCAAAAUAUAAGUGGAACAUUGUAUGGAGAAACGUGAUAGCAUUUCUCUAUCUUCACAUCAGCGCUGUUUACGGACUCUAUUUGUGCUUCACCGGUGCAAAAUUAUGCACGGUCAUAUACACGUUUGUCAUAGGUUUUAUUGCAGCCUUUGGUGUUACAGCCGGUGCACAUAGAUUAUGGGCUCAUAAAUCCUACAAAGCGAAAUGGCCUAUGAGAGUAAUUCUAAUGAUUUGUCAAACGAUAGCCUUCCAAAAUCACAUUUACGAAUGGGUAAGAGAUCAUAGAGUCCAUCACAAAUUCACUGACACUGAUGCCGAUCCUCAUAAUGCUCAGAGAGGUUUUUUCUUUUCGCACAUUGGCUGGCUGAUGUUAAAAAAACAUCCUGAUGUUAUCAAAAAAGGUGCUAUGAUCGAUAUGAGCGAUCUCGAGAAAGAUCCAGUGGUUGUUUGGCAACGAAGACUCUAUAUCGUCCUUAUGCCACUCUUCUGUUUCAUCAUUCCCACGUGGAUACCAUGGCAUUUUUGGGGAGAACGACCGAUGUAUGCUUGGUACCUAACUCUUUUCAGAUAUACCCUAUCCUUGAACCUAACUUGGCUCGUAAAUUCUGCUGCUCAUAUAUGGGGUAUGAAACCGUUUGACAGUUCAAUUUCUCCAACCGACAGUUAUUCAGUUGGUAUAGCUGCAAUCGGUGAAGGUUGGCAUAAUUACCAUCAUGUCUUUCCAUGGGAUUACAAAGCCGCAGAGUUGGGCAACUAUAAAGUGAAUUUCACGACGGCUAUCAUCGACGGCUUCGCGAAACUUGGUUGGGCCUACGAUCUCAAGACUGCUUCUGUUGAAAUGAUUCAAAAACGAGCAGCUCGAACGGGAGAUGGCUCAAGAUACAAACUUAUCGAAGAUCAACACGAACACACGCAUAAUGAUGCUGUUUGGGGUUGGGACGAUAGUGAUAUGAUCCCUGAAGACAUUCAAGAAACAAGGAUAUUAAAUAAGUCUGAUUAAAGUCUUUCAUUAUUAUUUGGAGGAUUUUUACGUUCUCGUUGAAGGAUUAUUACCAAAAAAAAAAAAAGGAAAUGGCAUGGAAAUGAAAAAAAAAACUUGUAACAGAACGGUCGAUUUUCAAGUUUAUUAAUGUAAUAUUGUUUACGUACUAGCAUAAUUAGGUUUAUUGUUUCAUUUUCGAUCAUUUAUUUCGAAUACCAUAUAUAUUACUUAUCAUAGUUUUAGCGUUGAAUUUUUGGAUAUAUGGAAAAAAGGGUAACACAUGAAGUAAUAGUGAAUUAACAUCGUCAAUUAAAAAUCUGGAAUACAUAGCGACGGUGAUAUCAGAACUAUUUUUUACAUUUGCUUUCUAAUUCCCAUAAAUCGCAUAUAGGUAGAUCGUAGUUCUCCUAUGAUUCCGUAGAUUAUAUUUUUGAUAGGAUUUUUGCCGAAUGACCUUUUACCUUUGGAAAAAUUAACCAAAUGACUAUUUGAGAAAAGGGAAAAAACAAUUUUUUUUUAAUCGACCUAACUUUCAGAAAUUGGAUUGAUUUGCUCUACGAAGGUUUCUCAAAUAAAUAAUAUUCGCGAUUGCAGUAAGCAAUUUUAUAAAAUAUGUCAUUUCAAGUUUCAUAUUGUCUUCCGAACACGUUAUCUUAAGAGAAUUCUCGAGAAUCAAUUCUCUUUUUGGAUAAAAAAUUUAUUCAUAUAACACAAAAAAUGUUACUCCACGUGUUAUACUGAAGUUUACUGUACAUACGUCGAACUCGAUGAUGAUCGUUUUCGAAAAAAAUUUUAACAAUUCAUUAAUAAUCCGAUAUCGAUGUUUUGCCUUAAAACAUUUACUUAUAUGUAGACAAAUAUUGUUAAUUAACUGAAGUUUCGGUAUCUAGUUAAAAAUUGUUCGUUCGGAAUUAUUGCAUACUCACGCAAUAUAAAUUUUUGCGAGAUAGCUAUCUACCUUGUAAGUAUAGUAGCGGCAUACCAUUAUGCGAUAUGAAUACAUUAUUUAUAAUAGGCUACUUUUUGUCCUAUAGAAUUAUACUAAAUUUAACGAAAUUCGUAGAAAAAACAGCGUAAUUAUGAUCGAAAUGGCUGUUAGAAUUACAAAAGGAUGUGUUUAUUUUGUUUCUUUUCUAUGUAACAUAUGUUUCCUAAAAUGAUACAAUAAUAAGGAUUGAUAUGAUACUUUCAAAUAAAUUAUUUUAUUCGGAUGCA